CUCUCCAGAUAGAGGUCUGGGAUUUAGGCAUGGUAGACUAUAAAUAUGAGUUUCUUUGUCAUGGAAGAGCAUGAACACUUUACAAUCUUGCAAACUACUUGUGAAGAAGUGAAAAAAACAGAAAGUUCUUCAAAAAAAUCAACACCCCAAAUCCCAUCAUGAAUGCCAACCUUAUGCUAUGCUUUGCUUUUUUUGUGCUGUCUGCACUAUGUGGAGCCAUUGCAGCACCGCUACCAAACACAGAAAGUGCAGGAGAGCUGAUCACAAACACAACUGAAAGCAUAGCUGAAAGCUACAACACCACGAGCCCCACCAAUUCAACGCCCACAACUGCUGCUGCUAUCGCUCAAUCUCAGCUCUCAGCCUCAGGGUUCAACUGCAGUGCACCUGGUGAAGGUCACGACUUUGCAGUGGCUGCUGGCUAUCUGCUUGAAGGAUUAUAUCUGCUCGAUGAUUACAGCAAAAUUGUGCAAAGAAGCUACAGAAAUUUCAUUGAUCAAGAGCACCAGUGCAGCACACCAGAGAUCACAAAAGCAUACGACAUUGAUAGCAGCAACAACAACAUUUGGAAUUCAUUGGCCGCGCUCCAGGGAUAUGCUGAUCUGGCCAGACUGGCUUCGCAAUCAGCCAAUCAGCUUCAAGACGAGCCACGAAAUCAAAUGCAAGGAGUUGAUGAUCUCAUCUCAGCUGUGCUUAGCGAUUACAAAACAGUGUUGGCCCAGCAGCAUUGUGAAUGUAAUCCCUCUGCCCCCUGUAACCGUGUGGUCCUAACCCCCUCUAUCAUACUACGCCCUGGGUGCAAACACUACCCCUACGUUGCACGAAACCUCUAUACAGAUGUCCUCAACGCCGAAAACAUAACAGAUGGACUAAACCUCCCAACAACGAACACGAUCACUACAAACCAGUGGGUUAACACUCGCCUAGGCAUCGAUUCCCCCGCUUACACUUACUUUCAGUAAUAAAGAGGAACAGAAAAAGACCCUCGCCAUUCUAUAUUAAACAAUUAGAGAAAGUUGAAAAUUAGACGAAUUUAACAAAUUAAACACACAGGUAAAUUCAAAAAUGGAAUAGUAGCAAAUAUUUAGGUUUUAAAAUUGAUCAAGCCAUCGAAAUCACUUGACUAUAUUAUAUAUUAGUCCGAAUGAACUACAAGAGUACAAUGAUGUAUGUUCAUGUUGUAUAGAUUUUUCUGUACUAUUCGUUGUGUUCUGUGAACAUAAUUAUUAUAAUAGACUACUUGGUUAUAUUUAUUUAUUUAUUUCCAUGUACAUGUACUUCACCACUUGGA